GAUAAUCCUCAAUUCUUUCUUCGAUUCUUACCAAACACGCGAAUUUACCCAGCAGCGUUUUAAUGUCACGUCGCGAAAGACUCUUAUCAAAAUGGAGCUACCACACAAAUUCCGUUGGGACCAAUUCCUGAUUUUGGCAGUCGCGCUUAUGUCACCUGUGAUAAAGGUGUUGUGUAAUGACAUCCUCAGCCUGAAGGUGGCAGGAGAUCCAGUACUUACUCCUAACUCUGUGUGCCUGAGGCUGGCAGGCCUCAGCAAGCGUCAGAUGAGGAUGUGUGCUCGAAGCCCCGAUGUGACCGCCUCGGCUCUGCAGGGCAUUCAAGUGGCGAUCCACGAAUGCCAGCAUCAACUCCGAGACCAGCGCUGGAACUGCUCUUCGCUGGAAGGCCACAGCAAGCUGCCCCACCACAACACCAUCCUCAACAGGGGUUUUCGUGAGAGCGCCUUCUCCCUGGCCUUGCUGGCAGCGGGUGUGGCACACUCUGUGGCCUCAGCCUGCAGCAUGGGCAAGCUGCGGGGGUGUGGCUGUGAGGCCAAGCGUCGCCAGGACGAUGACAAGAUCCGGCUCAAACUCACACAGCUGCAGCUGCAGACGCUCCAGAAGGGUGGGGUAGGCAUCGGUAUAACGCGGUCAUUACCCACAGAGUUAAACGGUCACCAUGGUGAUCUGCCCGCUAACCUGCACUCCGCCCACCCCGCCGCCCUCCUCAGACCUUUACCAGAUGAGUUGAGCUCAGUGCAGGAGACAUGGGAGUGGGGGGGCUGCAGCCACGAUGUCCGCUUUGGGGACCGUUUUUCUCGGGACUGGCUAAACUCUCGAGGGUCUCCACGAGACAUUUACGCUCGCAUGAGGAUGCAUAAUAACCGUGUGGGAAGACAGAUUGUGACUGACAACAUGAAGAGGAAAUGUAAAUGCCACGGCACCUCAGGGAGCUGCCAGUUUAAGACCUGCUGGCAUGUGUCUCCAGAGUUCCGGCUCGUGGGUUCUCUACUCAAAGAAAAGUUCCUGUCAGCUGUCUUUGUCAACUCCCAGAACAAGAACAAUGGGGUUUUCAACCCUCGAACAGGAAACAGUGCCAACAGCGGCACGGGGAUGCUGAGCGGAAGUCGACGCCGCAGCAUGUCUAGAGAGCUUGUGUACUUUGAGAAGUCCCCAGACUUCUGCGAGCGCGAUGUGUCCAUCGACUCUCCCGGUACACAGGGGCGCACCUGCAACAAAACCAGCUACAGCACAGACAGCUGUGGGUCGCUGUGCUGCGGGCGAGGACACAACAUCCUCAAACAGACGCGCAGUGAGCGCUGCCACUGCCAGUUCCACUGGUGCUGCUACGUACUGUGUGAGGAGUGCCGUGUCACAGAAUGGGUCAACGUGUGCAAGUAGACACGGGUUCACCCUGUCCUCGAUGCCUUUACUUGUGGAGAACUCAAGAUGGCGAGUGUAUCUCCUCCCUCCUGCUGUUUGGGUGUUUUGCUCUUUGUGUAACUCCCCCCCGCCCGCUCCAACCCCCUUUUUCCUUUUCAAUGCAUCAUCUGGGAUUUAUUUUCCCUGUGUAGCCACUGUUAUUCUCAAAAUGCCAAGUCAGAGAUUGAAGAGGUGACUCAUGUCAUUUGUCUUGAUUCGGACUGUUUAGACGCUGCCCUCUCAGUCAUGAAAAUGGUCUACACUUCGUCUUUUCUAUACCACAAAACAAAGAGCAAAACCAGAGCUGCAUUCAUGUUUAAAUGUCUACAUGC